AUGUCGGCGCUAGUGGACGCGCUGUGCGCCGCGCCGCCCAGCGACGCCGCGGCGCUCGUCUACGACACCUUCAACGCCGCCAGCUUCCUCUUCGACACCGCCGCGUUCUGUGACGGCGCCGGCAUUGUCGUCGGCCCGGCGUCCGCGCAUCACCAUCACCAUCAUCAUCAGCAGCAGCAGGCGGCCGUGGAGGCGCCGGCGGGGGAGGCGCAGGCAGCGAAGACGACGUCGGCGGCGACGCCGACGACUAGGCCGGUCAGGAAGCGGCGGCGGCGGGCGCGGAGCUGCAAGUCCACGGAGGAGACGGAGACCCAGCGGAUGACGCACAUCGCCGUCGAGCGCAACCGCCGCCGCCAGAUGAACGAGUACCUCGCCGCGCUCCGCUCCAUCAUGCCGGAGGCCUACGUCCAGAGGGGUGACCAAGCUUCCAUCGUCGGAGGCGCAAUCGAGUUCGUGAAGGAGAUGGAGCAGCAGCUACAGUGCCUCGAGGCGCAGAAGCGGACGCUGCUGGUUCACCAGCACGUGGCGGCCGCGAAGCCUGACGCGACGCCAAUGCAUGCCAGCAGCAGCACCACCACCAAGCCCUGCUGCGCGGAUACCGCGGCGGCGGCGGCGACGACGAGCAAUUGCAGCAGCAGCGUGACGGAGGCCGCGGCGGACCACGCGCACGCGCCGCCGGCCCCGUUCGCGCAGUUCUUCACGUACCCGCAGUACGUGUGGUGCCACUCGCCGCGCGACCCCGCGGCUGCGGCGGCGGCGGGGGAGGAGGAGGACGGCCGCCGGUCCGGGGUGGCCGACGUCGAGGUGACCCUGGUGGAGACGCACGCCAGCGUCCGCGUGAUGACGACGCGGCGGCCCGGGCAGCUCCUCAGCUUGGUCACCGGGCUCCAGGCGCUCCGCCUCGCCGUGCUCCACCUCAGCGUCACCACGCUGGACGCCCUGGUCCUCUACUCCAUCAGCGUCAAGGUGGAGGAAGGGUGCGGCCUGGCGACGGCGGACGACAUCGCCGCCGCCGUGCACCACGUGCUUUGUAUCAUCGACGCCGAGGCCACCGAGCAACAGCUGCUCGCGGCAGCGGGGCCGCAACCGCAAUAG